AUGACUCGUGGCAACAGAAAACUGCUGAUAACAGGCCUUAAAAAUCUACUAGACAAAUGCGAAGGCCACGAGAAUUUGAUCAAGCAAAUCCACGCUCACUGGACCACCCUUGGCUUCUUCGCUCAAACUCGGAAACAUCAACACUUCGCCUGCAAAUUACUUAACGUUUAUACAAAACUAAACAAACCCCUCGAAGCCCACAGGGUGUUUGCUCUAAUUCCUGACCCAGACAUUGUCUCCUGGACUUCUCUAUUCAAUCUAUACCUGAAAACUCAACAACCCACCGAGGCUUUAUCUCUUUUCUCUCACUUGUUGGUCUCUACUUCCCUCAGACCUGAUGCGCACUCCGUCUUGGCUGCGCUGUCUGCUUGCGCGCGGACGCAAAAUUUGGAUGCUGGUAAAGCAGUGCAUGCCAUGGUGUAUAGACAAUUGUCUGAACCGGAAACAAUUGUGAGUAAUGCUCUGAUUGAUAUGUAUAGUCGGGGUGGAAGAACCCAUUUGGCUAGACGUGUGUUUGAGAGUGUGCAAUGCAGAGACGUGGCUACUUGGACUAGCUUGCUUAAUGGGUUUAUUUUUUGUGGUGAUAUUGAAGCUGGACGUCAGGUUUUUGAUGAUAUGCCGCAGAGGAAUGUGGUUUCUUGGACGGCGAUGAUAGUUGGCUAUGUACGUGUGAAAAAUUCCAUUGAGGCGUUGCAGUUGUUUAGGAGAAUGAGGGAUGGAGGUAGAGAGAAUGCUACUACUAUUACUAUUGUUGCCGUGCUCUCAGGUUGUGCUGAUGUUGGAGCUCUUGAUUUUGGGAGGUCUAUUCAUGGGUAUGUUAACAAGAUAGCUGGUUUUAGCAUGGAUGUUGCUGUAAAUAAUGGAUUAAUUGAUAUGUACGCAAAAAAUGGAAACCUUGAUUCAGCUGAGAAUAUAUUCAUUAGGAUGGUAGAUAGGGAUUUGUUUUCGUGGACAAGUAUAAUUUCAGGGUUGGCAAUUCAUGGUAGAGGUAAGGAUGCACUUGAUUUUUUCGAUGAGAUGGUGGCAUCUGGGAUGCACCCCAAUGAGAUUACGUUUCUUUCUGUACUUUCAGCUUGUAACCAUGCAGGAUUGGUUGGUGAGGGACUGAACUUCUUUGAAAGAUUGAAAAAUUCUCCUAGAUUUGAACCCAUGAUGGAACAUUAUGGGUGUAUGGUAGAUCUUCUUGGUCGAGCAGGAUUGCUUGAAGAAGCUGUUGGAUUGAUUCAGGACAUGCCCUUCAAGCCAGAUGCUAUUAUGUGGAGAUCAUUUCUCAGUUCUUGUUUAGGACAUAAUAAUUCGGCUUUGGCUGAAAUGGCAGCGAAAGAGGUACUUGAACUGGAGCCUGAUGAUGAUGGUGUAUGUGUGCUCCUUUGGAACUUGUAUCGCUCUAAAAAAAUGUGGCAAGCUGCUUCAAGGAUGGAGAGGAUGAUGAAGGAUCAGAAAAUAAAGAAAAAACCUGGGUGUAGUUGGGUUGAAGUAAAUGGUGUUGUUCAUGAAUUUCUUGCUGAAACUUCAUUACCUUCUGUAGUUGGUGAUGUAUACAUUGCUCUACAAGGCAUUGCUAGACAAUCAAAAAUGAAUAGUGACAUUGAUAGUUGUGAGUGGAGAAAUUUCAUGCACAAGAAGGAUUGUACAGCGACAGAGUGUAUCUAGUAGAACGAAUAUUGACAUUUUUAGAUAAAAGUUUUUGAAGCGAAGCAUGGAAGUUCCUGAUUGGAGACAGUAAAAUUAGCAUUUUCAGAAUUCAAGGGGACCAAAAUGUGGGUUUUCUUGGAAUUAGCUCAGUACUGUUUUCUCCAUAACUUUAUUAGCGCCUCGCUGUACUAAAUUGGAAAACCUCAUCCUUCCACCACUGAAAAGAAGGUUCAGUUAUGGAACUUACCGUCUAUGUAUUUGUUUUAUUUUGCUUUUCUUAAUGUCUAAACUGUGUCUUGUUAGUCUGGAUAAUUAAUUAGUGCUUCUUUGGUGCCCUUGUGGCAUGGGUUCUGUUGGACAGGUAGUUUGAUUCCUUGAUGGUCUGGAUGGUCAAUUCACGCUUCUUUGUUGCCCUUGUGGCAUGUGUUCUGCUGGAAAGGUACUUCUUCCAGAAGUGAAGGAAGCAGAUUAUAUGGAUGGUAGUGACGUUAAUUGUUGACAUUCAAGGUGCUCGACAGACGCAUCCUAUAAUAUAGUGGCGAAACGAGAAAUUCCAGUUAACGGAAAAACUACUUGGAAGAGGGAAGCAGAAAGAGUACCAAAAGUAAGGAACGACGAAUAUAGGGAAUGAUGAAAUAUAGAAGAAACAACUUGGAGUAUUGGAAGUAUAACAAAAUCGGAGAUUGAACAGGAGACAGCAAAACAGAGGAAUCAACUCCAUUUGUUGUUUGCGGUUUGGGGAGACGAGGUGCCGGGGUCGGUUGGUUUGUUCGGGUAAAACAAAGGAGGCAACGUGAGGGACCUUAAGUUUUCGUGCUGGUUGUUGGAGUUUGGGCGAAGAGGAAGCAUCUUUACAUCUUCCUCCAGUAUUUAGAUUGAUUAGAAUAGCUUCUGCAGAACUGAAAGUGUACUGUAC